UGCCGCUGCUGUCCAGCUCGCCUCCUGCUCGUCGACUGGUAGUUAUGGCGUCGCUCACUGUGAAGGCCUACCUUCUGGGCAAGGAGGACGCGGCCCGUGAGAUCCGCCGUUUCAGCUUCUGCUUCAGCCCAGAGCCCGAGGCGGAGGCCGAGGCCGAGACGGUGGCCGCGGCUGGGCCCGGGCCCUGCGAACGGCUGUUGAGCCGGGUGGCCGCCCUGUUUCCCGCGCUGCGGCCCGGAGGCUUCCAGACGCAUUACCGCGAUGAGGAUGGAGACUUGGUUGCCUUUUCCAGCGACGAGGAGCUGACCAUGGCAAUGUCUUAUGUGAAGGAUGACAUCUUCCGUAUUUACAUUAAAGAGAAGAAGGAGUGCCGGCGGGACCACCGCCCCCCGUGUGCUCAGGAAGCUCCCCGCGGCAUGGUGCACCCCAACGUGAUCUGUGAUGGCUGCAAUGGGCCAGUGGUGGGGACCCGCUACAAGUGCAGCGUCUGCCCGGACUACGACCUGUGUGCCGCCUGCGAGGGGAAGGGCUUGCAUAGGGAGCACAGCAAGCUCGUCUUCCCCACCACCUUUGGGCCCUUCUCCGAGGGCUUCUCGCACAGCCGCUGGCUCCGGAAGCUGAAACACGGGCACUUUGGGUGGCCUGGCUGGGAGAUGGGCCCACUGGGGAACUGGAGCCCACGUCCCCCUCGAGCGGGGGAUGCCCGCCCUGGCCCCUCGGCAGAGUCAGCUUCUGGCCCAUCGGAAGAUCCCAGCGUGAAUUUCCUUAAGAAUGUAGGGGAGAGUGUGGCAGCUGCCCUCAGCCCUCUGGGCAUCGAGGUGGACAUUGACGUGGAACACGGAGGGAAGAGAAGUCGCCUCACGCCCGUCUCUCCGGGCGGCUCCAGCGCCGAGGACAAGUGUGGCUCGCAGCCCAGCAGCUGCUCUUCUGACCCCAACAAACCGGACGGGGACACGGAGGGUGCCGCUCAGUCUCUGGCGGACCAGAUGGACAAGAUAGUUCUGGAGCCGGCGCAGCCUGAGGAGCAGAUGGAGUCUGAUAACUGUUCAGGAGGAGACGAGGACUGGACUCACCUAUCUUCAAAAGAAGUGGACCCGUCUACAGGUGAACUCCAGUCUCUACAGAUGCCCGAGUCUGAAGGGCCAGCCUCCCUAGACUCGUCCCAGGAGGGGCCCACAGGGCUGAAGGAGGCUGCGGUGUACCCACAUCUGCCCCCAGAAGCGGACCCCCGGCUGAUCGAGUCCCUCUCCCAGAUGCUGUCCAUGGGGUUCUCGGACGAGGGCGGCUGGCUCACCAGGCUCCUGCAGACCAAGAACUAUGACAUCGGGGCUGCCCUGGACACCAUCCAGUAUUCAAAGCAUCCACUGCCGUUGUGACAACUUUUGCUCACUUGUUCUGUCCCCUUUCUUGUCUCAUAGUUGUGUUGAGCUAGCGUAGAACAGCAGGGCCUCUGUAAGGGCCAGUUUCUCUGCAUUCUUCUUCCAGAAUCUGGGGGGCGGGGAUGCAUGAAGCCAUAUAGAGCAGGAGAACAGGUGAGAGGAGGCGGCCCCAGUGUGUGGGCGCUGAGGUCUGAGAACCGGCCACCAGCUUUCCUUGGGUGCCCAGAGGUUUCCUGGGGCAGAUUGAAAGUCCUUGCUGGGGAGGGCACUGAGGCCACGUGGUGGCGUUGUUCUGCUCUCCCCCGACCAGGAUUACACCAGCAGUCCAGAAUGUCUUGCCUAAUGGCCUUUUGCCUUUUUUUUUUUUUUUAAACAACUAAUCCUGUGUUCACACGCAUUUGAUUUUUUUUUGCUAGAAACCUGAUCGGCUCCACGUUUAGACCCAGUGCAAGCCAACAUCCUGUGGGGUGGAGGAGGAGCGUGUGGGAGGGCAGGACAUCCAGGACAGGGCAGGAGGGGGUGCUGAGGGAGUGGCGGCCGCUGCUCACGGAUACUGCCUGUCUUGUAACCACUCUAGUUGUUUCCAGGUGUGUCCUUGCUUCUUAAGUAUGAAAACACCUUUGUAACCAUUCAGUUGCUAUGUUGUAAACAAUCUGUAAGCGGUAUAUACACUUUAAUCAAAGAUGUUGCAACCAGA